CAGCGUCUGAUUCAAGUUGAUCAUUUACGAAUAAUCAUCCGCCUUCGAACGAAUCUUAUAUAUUCGCGGUACAAAUUGCGACUCAUUGUUUGUUAGCUCAGUCGAUUUUGAUCAGUAUCAGAGUCCUGUAAAAUACAUAGUUUUAUAUGCCAUCAUCAUGGCGCGGGCUCUACUAUCAAUGGUAUUAUUGGCAAUGACACGGGAUUUUGAUCAUAAUUUAAGUUUGAGAAACAAUUAUAGCAUCGGUAGAGGAAAUUCCAACAUCAAUUAUACGAAAAUUAUAAAUUUCUGGGAGGAACAUAAAAAUGAAUUCAUUUUACAUGAUGAACAUGAAGAAGUCGUAUUGGUGAUGGGGAAUACAGGUGCAGGGAAAACAACUGUAAUCUCGGCUCUAGUUGGUCGCAAAUUAAAAUCAAUCAGGCAAGAUGGAUAUUUCGUAAUUGUUGAUGAAGAUGGAAAAAUUGGGAAUGGUACAUCCUCACGAACACUGAUCCCAGAAUUAAUGACUGACUUUAAAAGAAAUGUGACAUACGUUGAUUGUGCGGGAUUUCGAGAUAAUCGAGAUGUCGAGCAUGAAAUUUCGUCAGUAUAUUUCCAAAACAUUCUCAUGAAUCAAGUGAAGCGAAUAAAACUCACGUUAAUAAUUAAUUAUGAUUCAUUGAAGAUAAAUGGCAAUAAAAAUGAUUUUGACGAUUUAAUGGAGCACAUAGGUGAGUUUAUCAAAGACAUUCCGAAGUUUCAUAAUGGUAUAGCUAUAGUAGCGACAAAAGUAGAAAAUUUGUACGAAAUGACUGAUAACGGGACGUUAAUUUUGGUGAAUGACGAUCAGUCGGUUCUAAAAGGGAUAGCCAAUUUUUUACAAAAGAAAAAAGAAACUUACAUUGAUAAAGCAGAAAAUUCUGAAAAGUACAGAAUGUUUGCGGGUUUAAUUGACGUUUUGUUGGAGAGUAAAAACGAUUCAUACACAAGAAUUACUCUUUUUAGACAGCCAACACGUACAGGAUUAUUGGAAAAUAUUCCAGAGAGUAGGAAUCAAAUUAAUAACAUUGGUAACAUGAUAGUAAAUAAUCUUUGUUAUGUUAAAUCGCAAAAAAGCGAUUUCGGUUUCGCCUUGUCUAAAUCAUUGAAAAGCACUGUUGAUGAAAUUGUUGACGAUAUAUUUAGAGAUGCUCUAACAAAUCGCUUGAAAACAAUGGGCAAUGAAACUCUUACAUUCUAUUUGCAAAUGGAAGAAGAAUACAACGACAUCGAAAUGUUACAAGAACGAGUUACACGCGCUUACAAUACUUUUUCACAAGUAGACGUUGAUGAACCACUGGCAUUUUUCAAAGAAUAUUUGAGUGCCGCCAAUAUACUAAAUAUACCUUUAUCAUUAACUAACAUAGAUAUUAUUUCUGAUGAUAUUGAAAAAUUGUAUUUUUUCACAACUAUAUCGAAUAGCAAUGAAGAUACACACAUGUUAUUGUUGAAAAAUGACAUGCAAAAUAUCGUAGAUUCAAUAGAACAAAUGAAAGAUUAUUACGACUUUUUAAAUAACGUGCAUGAAAACUUAGCUGCCUACAAAUCACAAAAUUUGAGAAAUGAUACACGUAUCACUAAUAUUAUAACAUCAUGUACGAGUUCAACAAAUUCAGUCGUACAAAAUAUCAUGGAUUUGGAAAAUAUUGUAAAUGAAAUAGGAAGUAAUAAUACUUAUCAAAAAAUUAAAACUUUGACACUCAAUCGGUUCCAAUUGAAGCAUUUGAAAGAUGUAUUUCGUUCCUUUACCACCAAACUAGAUAUCUCGUGUGUGUCAUCAUCAAAGCAAAUGGUCGUCAAGGGGUAUAAUAUCAGAAUAAGUGACGUGGUAAAAAUGGAUUGCUGGACGAACGCGAAAAUCGUACAGAUCUUUGCAUUAAACAAAGUUUUCAUAGACAGUACAUUAAAUAAGACAGGUGCUGAAAUGCAACUAUCUCUCAUUGCACCUACUUGGGAAGUUGUCGGCGGACCGAAGAUAAUUUUGGACGGAAAAGCUGGAGAACCUCAUGAAAAAGAAUCAGCAAAAUCAUCCUCUUUUAACUCUGAAAAUGGAGCGAACGGCUUACCUGGUCAUCCGGGUGGUCCCGCUGGACACUUUUUUGGUGUCGGUAAACAUUUCAUAAAUUCAGAAUACUUGGAAAUAUAUACAAAUGGUGGGAUAGGAGGACCAGGGCAACACGGUGGAAAUGGUGCAGAUGGAAUCCCUGGUGAAGCUUUAUCGGACUUGUUUUUUGAGAUAAAGCGGCAACCCAACGAUGUAAAAAAUUACUUGAUCAACAAUAAAUUCGAGCACAAGAUGAUUAGGAUUGAGUAUACACCAAAUCCUCAUCAUAUAAUAUCUAGGUACGCUAUAGAUGUUAUAGGAAAACUUGCAAUUGAGCCGAGUAAUGGAGGAAAUGGUGGUACUGGUGGCAAAGGAGGAUAUCCGGGUAAAAUUAUCAUAAAUAGCUUGGGAAAGUCAGUUAAUAUAAAACUAUCAAAUGAUUCAGGUCACAUUGGACGCGAAGGACAAGGUGGACAUGGUGGAAAAAAAACAUCAGAAGGUAAACGGGUAAAAUUUAAGUACCUUUAUCAAGUUUUCACUCCUCCUUUUCCGUGGAAAGCGGAAUAUUACGAUAUUGAAUGGUCUGACGGUGCCGAAGUUCCAUCAGGUAAAGAUGGAAUUCCUGGAAUCAAUGAUGACGGCCAGAAAUUUCCGACUAAGACAUCUGUACCGAAUUUCUAUUCAGCUAUUAAUGAUUUUAAAGAUUUCGUGAGGAUGAAUUUAUUUGAAAAUAUCAUGGAAUCAAAAUUAAAAUCUUUUAUAUACGAAUUUGAAAAUGAUAACAACACUAAAGCACAGUAUUCUACACUCGCUUAUGUCAAAGAAUUUGCAGGAUUAGAAAGUCAAUUUCUAGAAUUGAGAAACAAGAUUAAUUUAAUACCAUUCUACAAUUCUGUACUUACUCGUAUUGAAGAAUAUGCUAAAUCUGAACUAAAUUUGGAAAAUAAGAAAGUCCUUAAUUACAUAUAUACUGCAGCUUUAACCGAAGUCUUUACACUCAAGAAGAAAAGAAAAGGCCAGACUGUGGUUGAUUUGUACAGAUAUUUAAACACAAUUGAAACACAUGUAAAGGAAAUCCGUGAAGCUCAGCAAUUACAAAUUGUUCAACAGUACCGGGAUGAAUACAAAGAUAUUCUCAAUAAUAAAAUUCGAGAAGCCGAAGGUUUUAUACAAAACCAAAUUGAACCUGAAAUUGAUAAACGAUGGAAUGAAUCAGACAGUCAAAUACAGGCAAUAAUUGAUGAAAUAAACAAAAAUAUAAACUCUACCAAAGAUGCACUGGAAUUACUCGAAAAAGAUAAAUCAAAAAUUAAUCACAUUAUGCAAAUGCGUGCUAUGUUUCUACCACUGAAACUCGUCGGCGUUGCUCUAAGUUUUUUCGGACCUAUUGGAGCUGGGAUAGGUACUGUAGUCACAGGUGCAGCAUCAAUCGCUGAAGGAUUGGUGGUUGACAAAGUUCCCGGUCAACGACCGGAGAUACCUUCCAUAGAUCCACAUUUAAAGGCCAUGUCUCGAGUAACUAAAAUCUUGGACGAUAGAAACAAACAAUCAGGUGUUCAGCUGACUCGAGUUACACGAAGUUUAGAAGAAUUCGUGGAUGAUUUAUCGGUAUCAAGGGAAGAGAAAAUGAAAAAACGUCGAAUUAUAUUCAAGCUGAGGACACAACUUCAAGAAGCCAUGUUCAGAAAAGCAGAAUCUAUAUCAGACGUAAUUUCUAAACAAAACGAUAUUGACAAGAUUAGGGAACAAUUAGCUGAUUUCACAAAGUCAGAAAAAGAUAGUCUACAAAAACAAGAAGAAGAGGGUAAGGAUGAUAAAGAUGAGGAAAAGAAAGCACGUGAGAAAUCUCUCCGCCAGAUAAAAAAUGUAAAAAUAAUUAUAGACAGCGUAAAAGUUAUUGUCGAUUUUGCGUCGCAAAUCAAAAAUGAUGAAGCCAUGAUGAGUCUUCUUGAUAAACAAAUGUCUAAAUAUUACAAACAAAUAGAAGAUUUGCAGGAAAUGGAACAGCAAGUUUACGACAUAAUACUACCCGAUUUUCGUAAAAUUGAAGAGACAAUAAACGAAAUUAGAAAUUCAGCAAACGGAUCAUCACAUGCCCAAUUAGAUAUUUCCAAAUGGACUGUUCGAUCAACUUUAAGGGAUGUCAAAUCAUUGCUGCAAAAAUUCACUCAGAAGAUGUCGUUCGAAAUUCAAAGUGAUUUAAUGCGUUAUAUUGAUAAAAUAGACGAAGGUGUUUCCAUACUUAUUGAUAUUUACGACCGCAUUGAUUCCUACGCAGAUAGUGUUGCACAAGCUGAAUAUAUGGCGAAUAUUGUAUCCGCAUCAAUGACUGACAUUCAUAUAACUAAUUCCGAACUGAGCAAUGCUGUAACUAAUCUGAGGUUGAUAAUUCAAUCAAAUAUACUACUAGAAAAAUAUGGAAUUGCAUUACAUGCAUUCAAGCAACAUUAUUUUCCAUUUGCCGCUCGAGUAUUGCAAAAGUUUGAAUUGCCUACUGUUAUGCAACUCAAUGACACUGAAUCAGUACGAUCUAAUGUCAUUGACAGAAUCCGGGAUAUGAAGAAUCACAUAGACGAAAGUGAGGCGAUGGUAGGUGAAUACAGCAAAUAUAUUCACGAAAAGAAGAUAUUCAAUAGCAACACUACUGGUUCUUCACCAUUUUAUGUGUGGAAAUAUGACACAAUCAAGAAUGAAGUUCAGCAAUUGCUAAACGGAUCGGAGAUUCUACUGAAGGCAGAUAUAUCAAAAGGACCGUUCUACAAUUCCAUAAAAUAUAACGAUAUUGGAGUAAAUUUAAAAUUAAGAAACAGUACCCUGCAAAACAAUCUGAAUACGUUGCUUCAAAACUUUGCGCUGACCAUGACUAUGAUCGGCAAUUUUUACUAUCGAUGUGCAGAGCGCUACUACUUUAUUUCAUUUAAUGACGAUAUUACCAUCUCCUAUACUCUUACCCAAGACGAAAACAAAAAUUGGCUCGACCCUAACAAGGUAUAUACGACAAUUCUUAAAAGCCACACCUUCCUUAGUCCCUAUGUAAUGUGGAGUAUCAAAUUAAACAACGUGACCGAUUCUGUAUCGUUCGAUCGUUUGAAUGCAUAUGCAAACGAGACGAUCGACAUAGAGUUGUUCGGUCGGGGUUAUUACAUCGAGCAGAAUGCUAAUUUCAAUUUCGAAGUUUGCAAAGACUAUUUAAAUAAAUUUUACGAUGUAGAAGUUAUCGCUAAAGAACUUCCAAAUUUUUUCUGAUGUUCAGCGCAAGAUACAAAUGAUUGUCAAGUUUAUAAAAAUAUUGUACAUGUUAUGAAUAAAUACUCGAUGCAUAUAAA